CAUGAAGAAACUCCUGGACAAUUUGGGUUUAGCAGAUUACUAUGAUAAGAAACUCACUCUACACACAGUGUUGCAGAUCAACAAGAACAGUAUCACAGAUGGGACUGUUCAGUCUCUUUCAGAUCUGCCGUGGCUUUUCUUGAAGAGGCUGAUGAUGCUACAGAGAACAGCGAGGAGUGUUAAGUGUUCUUCAUCAGACGGUACAGAAGAUUCAGAGAGUGAUGAUGAUCAGGAGAGUGAAUCAGACUGUCCUCACUCAGUAAAUCCUUUAGACGUUUUGACUGCAGUGUUUCUUUGUUCUGAUAGCUUUCUUCAGCAGGAAAUGAUCAUGAAAAUGUCCAUGUGUCAGUUUGCUGUUCCUCUGCUGCUUCCAAACAGUGAGAACGAUCAGAUCACUCUUAUGCUUUGGGCAAUGAGAGAUAUUGUGAAAGAAUUCAGACCACACUCAUUAUCAGAUCCAAGUGCAUUUGUGGAAGAAAGGAUUGCUCUGUCAGAAAUGCCUUUAGUGUCUUUUGUAAAACUUGGUAGAUGCAACAUUUCCAAAUCAGAAAUUCUGAAUAAGUUGUUCAGCAAUCCACAGCAGUACACUGAUACUUUUGUGCACUCCAACAUGGAUUGUGGAAACAUCAAUAAGAAAAUAUCAAAUGGGUUGGUUGAGAUGACCUGCUAUCUGCCUUGUGGAAAUAAGAACAUAGAUGUCUUUCCUGAGCCUGUAGCAAUCGCUAACUUGAGAGGUGACAUUCAGAGCUUUGAAACGCAGUACACUUUUCUGUGUGAGGCUUCAACUGCUGUGUUUGUGUUCUUUGAAUCACAAAUUUUAGAUGCACAGUUAAUUUCAGUCCCCAGUCAGAAAUCUACGGCUCAGUUAUUUUUUGUGGGAGACUCCACCAAUGACAGCAUAAAAGCUACAGUCAGCAAACUCAAUCUGAAGAAAAGCAAUUUAAUUUUUAAAGCUAAGCAAAAUGAUGCAGACUUUGUUAACAAAAUCCAUAACAAGCUGCAAGAUGCAAUUAAGUACAAUAAUCAUAAAACCUCAGUUGUUCAUUUAGCUGAGAUUGCAAGAAAUCUGGGAAUCUUGGUGGAUGAGGAUGUUGAAGGAUGUCAGCGUGCCAAAGCAAGUGCAGAUGAAAUCACUUCAAAAAUCAAUGAUAUAGUGGAGUUCAAGAAGAAGGAGCUGCCCCUGCAAGGGGAAAUAUUGAUGAAAUUCGCAGAGUUAGAGAAGGAGGAGUGCGGAUUCAAGAAAGUUGGGGAAAAGAGUAUUGAGGACUACAAAGAUGAACUCCAGAUUGAGAAAUAUACGCUCAGACAAGAGCAAUUCAGAAGAGGCAUGUCUGCUACCAUGAGCUGCUUUAUCAGUGCAGUAUCAACACCAGAAAGGGGCUACUUCUUAAAAUGGUUGAGAAUCAAUUUGAAGAAUCACUCACAUGAAGUACUGCCUCAACUCAGAGAACUGUACAAACAGAAAUGUCAAGAUACUUGUGGGAACAAGUCAGAAAUAGCUGAGCUUGAUAAAAAGAUUUCAAACAGUUCUUUGGGAGUGGAGCACUUCAUUCGAGAGAUGAGCCAGCUUUAUGAAGCUGCAGCAUUGCUCUCAGAAGAUGCACUUUACUGCAAACAUUUGGAACAUUUACCUAGACUCUGUGCUGAACUACUGCUGGAUGGAUUUCCACUUGAACUUAUGGAUGGAGAUUCUUCAAAUAUCCCUGAAAAAUGGAUUACUAGUGUGUUUUCUGAAUUAAACACACUGAUGGAGCCCAAAAACAAGAUUAUGGUUGUCACUGUUUUGGGCGUCCAGAGUUCAGGAAAAUCGACGCUGCUGAACACAAUGUUUGGAGUUCAGUUUGCAGUGAGUAGUGGAAGAUGCACCAGGGGAGCCUUUCUGCAGCUCAUUAAAGUAGAAGAAGAGUGUAAAACAGAACUCAAUUGUGAUUAUAUAGUGAUAAUUGACACUGAAGGACUGAAAUCCCCUGAGCUUGCACAACUGCACAACAGCCAUGAACAUGACAAUGAGCUGGCAACACUGGUUGUUGGACUGAGUGAUGUAACAAUUGUCAACAUCGCCAUGGAGAAUUCAACAGAGAUGAAAGACAUUUUACAGAUCAUUGUUUGUGCCUUCCUGAGGAUGAAGGAGAUAGGUAAGAAACACACAUGUUUGUUUGUACACCAGAAUGUUGCUGAUGUCUCAGCUCACGAUUCAAACAUGAGAGACCGUAAAUUUCUGUUGGAGCAACUGUAUGAAAUGACACAAGCUGCAGCCAAAAUGGAGAACAAUAUAGGAUUUAAGAAAUUUACAGAUGUGAUGAACUAUGACACUGAGAGAGGUGACCACUACAUCCCUGGACUGUGGCAUGGAAACCCCCCAAUGGCACCAGUGAGUAUUGGCUAUAGUGAGUCUGUGUAUGAUCUCAAAAAGCAUAUAAUGGAGAUCUUCAGACGUCACAAGUCCAGUGACAUGAAUGAAUUUCUUAGAUGGACCAAAGACUUGUGGACCGCUGUAAAAUUUGAGAAAUUUAUCUUCAGCUUCAGAAAUAGCCUGGUGGCUGAAGCAUACAUUAAACUGUGCACAGAGUACAACAACUGGGACUGGAAACUGAGAAAGCAGAUGCACACAUGGGCAUUAGAGGCUGAAACAAAGAUCUUAAACCAUGGAAAAUUUAACUCUAUGGAGUUCACAGUUGAAGACUUCUAUUGUAUUUUACAACGAGAAGCAGAAUACAAUCUUUCAAAGGGACAAGAUGAAAUUACUGACAAAAUCCAAUCAUACUAUGAACAAGGAGAAAGUCAUGCUGAACUUGUGAAAAGUUACCGACGAGACUUUAUAAACUCUGCCAAAUCUUUGAAGACAGAGCUUUCACAUAGUAUCACUAGAAAACUGGAUGCAGCUGUUUCACGUCGAAAUGCAAUGGUGAAGGUGGAAGGAAUCAUAAAGACAUACAUGGCCACAAUGGAGAAAAAAGUGCUGGACUUGCUGAAAGACUGUCGUGAGAAAAAGUCAGACAUGUCAGACUCCAUGCUGGAUGAAGCAUUUGAACAGAUGUGGAAGGAGACUGUCAGCACACUGUCAUACACAGGGCUACAGCAACAAGAUAUCAUGACAAGAGUUCUUCUUCAUUUGAGGAGAAAUCUUGAAUCCAGAGGAAGUUCAAUGGCUCAAAGCUUAGACAAAGUGAAGAAUCUACAUAAUGAAGGCCAUGGAAAUUUUGUUUUCUACAAAGGUGACAUUAUAUACAAGACGAUUUAUGCUCAACGGAUCAAGACUGUUCAAGAGAUGUCAGACAACCUUAUAGUGGACUGUUGGAAAUUUGUUAAAGCAAAGAGGGAAAGUAAAGAUGAUUAUGAUGACACAUACAUACAGGAAAUUCUCAUUAUGAUUGAUGAGAGUCUUAAGGCUCACGAAGAUCUUAGGUUAAAUUUUUUGAACUCUCUCUUAAAUUACACAUAUGCGGCUUUGCAAGCAGAGAAUUUCAAAAGUUUCACAAUCAAUUCAUCCAAAAAACAACCCACUCACAGUCUUGGAGAACUUCAAACAAUCAUACCAUUCUGA